GAAAAGGUAGAUCCCCAGAGAACAACGUUUUUACUGCGCAAGCAGUGGAGCUUAUACAGCGUGACGCCUCUGUACAGGUUCUCUGACGCUCACCUGAGGGAUUACUCGAGGCUGCUCAGUGCCUUUAUCGCUGCCGAGAAGCAGAAGGGGCUGGCGGGGGGGGGAGGGGGGGAGGGGCUGGCGGUGGAGGUAGGGGUGGAGCUGGAUGUCAAAGUGGCUAUCUCCAGCCUUCCCGAGCUGAAAGGUAGCAACCGAGACCAGGCUGCGGUUCUUGUGCAGCUUUCUUUGAGACCAUCAGCUUUCUCAAAAAACUCAGAAGAGAAACUGAUAUGGUCAGGCUGUUUCUGCUCUGUGUCUGGAGAUGACCUUUCUGAGAACAUGCGAGAGGACUUCACUUGUUUACCUUUGUUUCUUGCUAAUGGGGCAGAGAGUUACACAGCCAUUGUUGGAAGUUGGUUUCAGAAGACUUUUGAUUGCUGCUUCCACCGUUUAGCCAUCAGCCCUUUCACUCUCAGCUGGAUGGCAGCUAUGUGGACUGGAUGCAAAGUGGACAAAACUGCAUCUGCUGUGGAACUUGUUUUCUCUGUCCCUUGUCUGCCCCAGCCUCUGGAUAUUUCGUAUGCCAUUCAUCCAGAAGAUGCAAAAGCUCUGUGGGACACAGUCCAAAAAACUCCAGGAGAGGUCACUCAAGAAGAGGUGGAUGUCUUUAUGGAUUGUCUUUACUCUCACUUCCACAGACACUUUAAGAUCCACUUGUCAGCUACAAAACUGGUGAAAGUUUCUACAGCGAUUGCCUCAGCACAGUGUGAUGGGAAUAUAAAGUUUCUACAAAGCCAAUACCUAACCGGAGUGUUGAUGCUACUGACAGAACUAGCGAUCUCUCAGAUACAGUGA